CCGUGUACCUGAUAAUUCCGUCAGUCAUCGCCUUGAAUUAAAGAUGGAUUUCUCCGAUUUAAACCGUAAUACGUUGUGCAAACCUUUUAAAAAUCCUAGUGAGCUUGAAUUAUCGAAAAAGUACGAAGGUUGGAAGUUGAUGUGAUUAAUACCAAGUACGGAGAACGGAUAAUAAUAGAUACUCAUGAUUUUAAGUGUAUAUUACCUCAACGCUUUUUUAACUAUUUCAAAGAAGGGAACCGCAUGGAGGAAUUUAAAAAAUCGUUAAAGGCACGUGAUGUGUACAUGGCUAGUUCGGGUGCAGUAGGAAAAACAACUAAUAUAACGUUCUCUUCAUAGUAGUAAUGUGUGUUGACCGUGAUUCAGGCUGUCGAUUGUAAAAUAUUUAGUUGUAACGUAAUUGUGAACCAGUGAACUCAUCAUUUAAAUACAUAAUGCAGGAAGCAAUAAAUUCAUUUGUGGAACGAUCAAAGCAGCGAAGUACGCCUUUAUAUAUGGAUACACCGAAUUGUUGCAACGGUAGUGUAAAUAAUAAUAGUUUAAUAUGCUGCUUACCUCGUCAAAAUAGCGAUGAUAGUAGUGCUACUAACCAAAAUGUAGAAAGUGUAGAUGAUGGUUAUUCUACAAUUGCUGAAUGUGCAUCAAUCGCGGAAUGUGCAUCGUUACGUGACUAUGAUAAAGAAGUGGAGGUGUAUGAAAAAGCGCUCAAAGAAAACUUAAUCGAUUGUGUUUAUUAUAAACUAUCGAAUAGCAACCAUCAUGCAAAGUAUGUGGAAAUCGGUUACAGCACAUUCAUGAAUCUUGCACCGGUACUACGUAUUGGAAGCGGCAACUACGAACGGGGUCACGUUAUGGUUAUGAAACUUGAAGAAUGGAAUGAACUUCUAAGGUGGUAUUCGUAUGUGCAGGUGCAGUUUUCCCGAUCUCACGAAACCGAAAGUAAAAUUAAUUGGUCCGAGAUUAAUGAAGAGGA